GAAUGUUCAGAAAGUCAGGGAAGACUAAGUAGAAACAAGCAGAGAGGAAAGACGAAAUUAAUUAGGAAAUAAAUUAUAUUUUAACGCAAACCCGUCGUAUAUUCUAUUCGAACAGUUUAUCCCGUUAUCCGAUUUGUGUGAAAAUAAAUAUAAUUACAGAAAAUGUUGACCGUUUAGUUUUUAUUCAAUAAAUUGGAAAGGACGCCAUUUUGGAUUUCACAACCCGGUGAAAAAUGGCUUACACCGGGGACUCGAACGCAACCCUGCGUGAUGUCAAGCGUGUGCAGUUCGGUAUUAUUGGUCCAGAUGAACUUAGACGUAUGUCUGUGGUGGAGGGAGGACUUCGGUAUUCUGAGACAAUGGAGGGAGGACGCCCUAAGCUUGGAGGGUUGAUGGACCCUCGUCAGGGUGUUAUAGAUAGAACUGCACGAUGCCAGACAUGUGCCGGCAACAUGUCCGAAUGUCCAGGUCACUUUGCACACAUUGAAUUGGCGAAGCCGGUUUUCCAUAUUGGAUUUCUUACAAAGUCGAUCAAAGUGCUUCGUUGCGUCUGUUUCUACUGCUCCAAACUUCUUGUUGACCCAACAUCCCCCAAAGUCAAGGACAUACUUGUCAGGUCAAAAGGAGCUCCAGCAAAGAGACUUGCCCAUGUUUACGACUUGUGUAAGGGUCGUAAACUAUGUGAAGGUGGUGAUGAAAUGGACACGAAAGCAGAAAAAGACGGCGAGGAAGGAGCAAGUGGCGAGAAGAAGGGACAUGGUGGUUGUGGUAGAUACCAACCAAACAUAAGGAGAAUGGGUCUGGAACUGACUUGUGAAUGGAAGAAAAUAAACGAAGAAGGUCAAGAGAGAAAGAUUGUGCUUACUGCAGAAAGGGUGCACGAAAUUUUCAAGAGAAUAUCUGAUGAGGAAUCCAUUAUUCUGGGAAUGGACCCAAAAUUCGCAAGACCAGAUUGGAUGGUAUGCACUGUGAUGCCAGUGCCACCACUUUGUGUUAGACCAGCGGUUGUGAUGUUUGGUUCAGCUAGAAACCAGGAUGACUUGACCCACAAGUUGUCUGACAUUAUAAAGGCCAACAAUCAGUUAAAGAGGAAUGAACAGAAUGGAGCUGCAGCACAUAUUAUAGCGGAGGAUACAAAGAUGUUACAGUUCCAUGUGGCUACACUCACGGAUAACGAGUUGCCUGGUCUGCCCAGGGCAGUACAAAAGUCUGGGCGACCCCUCAAGUCAAUCAAGCAGAGACUGAAGGGAAAGGAAGGUCGUGUCCGUGGAAACUUGAUGGGUAAACGUGUGGAUUUCUCAGCGAGAACUGUCAUCACACCAGAUCCCAAUCUACGUAUUGAUCAGGUUGGAGUACCGAGGACCAUUGCACAAAACAUGACAUUCCCAGAGAUUGUCACUCCUUUCAACAUUGACAGAUUACAUGAGUUGGUGAGAAGAGGAGCUAACCAGUAUCCAGGAGCCAAGUAUAUUGUGAGAGACAAUGGGGAAAGAAUUGAUCUAAGAUUUCAUCCAAAAGCUAGUGAUCUUCACUUACAGAUUGGCUAUAAAGUUGAAAGACACAUGCAGGAUGGAGAUUAUGUUGUGUUUAACAGACAGCCCACACUCCACAAGAUGAGUAUGAUGUGUCAUCAGGUAAAGAUCUUACCUUGGUCCACAUUCAGGAUGAACCUCAGUGUAACUACACCAUACAAUGCUGAUUUUGACGGAGACGAGAUGAAUCUUCACUUGGCGCAGUCACUUGAGACUCGCGCAGAAAUCUCCCAGCUUGCUACAGUACCUCGUAUGAUCAUCACACCACAGUCCAACCGACCAGUCAUGGGAAUUGUACAGGACACGCUCACUGCGGUCAGGAAAAUGACGAAACGAGAUGUGUUUUUGGAUAGGGGUCAAAUGAUGAACUUGCUCAUGUUCUUGCCCAGCUGGGAUGGCCACAUGCCCCAACCUGCCAUCUUGAAGCCCAAGCCCCUGUGGACAGGCAAACAGAUAUUCUCCCUCAUCAUUCCAGGUCGUGUCAACCUGAUCAGAACCCAUAGCACACAUCCAGAUGAGGAAGAUAAAGGGCCUUACAAAUGGAUCUCACCUGGUGAUACAAAGGUCUUGAUUGAAGAUGGUGAGCUGAUCUCGGGUAUCCUGUGUAAGAAGUCCCUUGGAACAUCAUCUGGUGCCUUGGCUCACGUUGUGUUCCUCGAGAUGGGAUAUGAACCUGCAGGAUUUCUGUAUGGUAAUAUUCAGACUGUGAUAAACAACUGGUUGUUGAUUGAGGGUCACAGUAUCGGUAUAGGAGACACCAUUGCCGACCCUCAGACUUACAUUGAUAUCCAGGACACCAUUAAAAAGGCUAAGCAAGAUGUGUAUGAAGUAACAGAAAAAGCUCAUAUGGACUUGAUGGAACCGACUCCUGGUAAUACACUGAGACAGACAUUUGAAAAUCAGGUGAACAGAAUCUUGAACGAUGCCAGAGACAAGACUGGUAGUAAGGCGCAGAAGUCCCUGUCAGAUUUCAACAACUUCAAGGCUAUGGUAGUAGCUGGGUCUAAAGGAUCAAAGAUUAACAUUUCUCAGGUCAUUGCUUGUGUGGGACAGCAAAACGUUGAAGGAAAACGAAUUCCAUUUGGUUUCCGGCAUAGAACUCUACCCCACUUCAUCAAGGACGAUUAUGGUCCUGAAUCCAGAGGUUUUGUGGAGAACUCGUACCUGGCCGGUCUGACACCCUCAGAAUUCUAUUUCCACGCUAUGGGAGGCAGAGAAGGUCUUAUCGAUACUGCUGUCAAAACAGCUGAAACUGGAUAUAUCCAGCGACGUCUGAUCAAAGCUAUGGAAAGUGUUAUGGUUAAGUAUGACGGUACAAUCAGAAACCAGGUAGAACAGUUGGUUCAGUUGAGAUACGGGGAAGACGGACUAGAGGCUACGCGUGUAGAGUUCCAGUCUAUGCCUACGCUCAAACCAUCCAAUAGAGCUUUUGAAAAGAAUUUCAAGUUUGACCCAACAAAUGAAAGACAAUUGAAGAAGAGUUUGACCGAAGAAUUGGUACGGGAAUUAUUGGCCGAUGCGCACGCUCAGGCGGAGAUUGAGCAGGAAUGGGAGCAGCUAAAGGAGGAUCGAGACUCGUUGCGGCAGAUUUUUCCUUCGGGUGACAGCAAGAUCGUGCUGCCAUGUAAUCUGGCGAGAAUGAUCUGGAAUGCACACAAAAUAUUCAAGAUCGACAAACGAAAACCUUGUGAGAUACACCCUCUCAAAAUUAUUGAAGAUGUGAAACACUUGUGUAAAAGGUUGACAGUAGUGCCUGGUGAAGACAGACUUAGUGUUCAGGCAAACGAGAAUGCUACAAUCCUCAUGAAGGUCCUUAUCCGAUCAACAUUCUGUUCGAAGCGUGUUAUUGAAGAGUUCAGGUUGUCAAAUGAAGCAUUUGAUUGGCUUAUUGGAGAAAUCGAAACAAAAUUUCAACAUGCCCAGGUGCAUCCAGGUGAGAUGGUGGGAGCUUUAGCCGCCCAGUCCCUCGGUGAACCAGCCACACAGAUGACACUGAACACUUUCCAUUACGCUGGUGUGUCCGCCAAGAACGUCACACUUGGUGUGCCCCGUCUGAAGGAAAUUAUAAACAUCUCGAAGAAACCUAAAACACCAUCAUUGACUGUCUUCUUGACUGGCCAGGCAUCCAGAGAUGCAGAAAAAGCUAAGGAUGUAUUGUGUAGACUUGAACACACAACCCUGCGUAAAGUAACAGCCAACACAGCUAUUUACUAUGAUCCUGACCCUCAGAACACGGUGAUUGCCGAGGAUCAAGAAUGGGUUAACGUGUAUUAUGAGAUGCCGGACUUUGAUGUAUCAAAGAUUUCUGCCUGGUUGUUGAGGAUUGAGCUGGAUCGAAAGAAAAUGACAGAUAAAAAACUUACUAUGGAACAGAUCUCGGAGAAAAUCACUGCUGGUUUCGGUGAUGACUUGAACUGUAUUUUCAAUGAUGAUAAUGCUGAGAAAUUGGUGCUGCGUCUGAGAAUUAUGAAUUCAGAUGAUGGCAAAACACAAGAGGAGGAGGAAGUAGCUGACAAGAUGGAGGAUGAUGUGUUCCUGAGAUGUAUCGAGUCCAAUCUUCUCUCUGACAUGUCCUUACAGGGGAUUGAAGCUAUUGCUAAGGUAUACAUGCAUUUACCAAACACUGAUGACAAGAAGAGAAUCUUCAUCACGGAGGAAGGAGAGUUUAGAGCGGUGGCUGAAUGGAUUCUGGAGACUGAUGGUACAGCAUUGACGAGAGUUCUCAGUGAACGUGAUGUAGACCCAGUCAGAACUACCACCAAUGACAUUGUUGAAGUAUUUGCUACACUUGGUAUAGAAGCUGUACGAAAAUCUAUAGAGAAAGAAAUGAACCAUGUGAUCUCCUUUGAUGGUUCCUAUGUCAACUACAGACAUCUGGCCUUGCUGUGUGAUGUGAUGACAGCCAAAGGUCACUUGAUGGCCAUCACUCGUCACGGUAUCAACAGACAGGAAACAGGAGCACUGGCUAGGUGUUCCUUUGAGGAGACUGUUGAUAUUUUAAUGGAAGCAGCUGCCCAUGCAGAACAAGAUCCAAUGAAGGGUGUGUCAGAGGCCAUCAUGCUUGGACAGUUAGCACGUAUCGGAACAGGAUGUUUCGACUUGCUUUUGGACGCAGAGAAAUGUAAAUACGGUAUGGAGAUACCGACCAAUGUUGGAGCUGGAAUGAUGGGAGGAGUUGGAACAGGAAUGUUCUUUGGUGCUGGUGCAAGUCCUACACAGGGAAUGUCACCACAGAUGACUCCCUGGCAACAGAGUGCCACUCCUGGGUAUGCAAGUGCCUGGUCUCCGGGUAUUGGUAGCGGCAUGACACCCGGUGCCGCUGGUUUCUCGCCCUCGGCAGCCAGUGAGAGCGGUUACAGUCCAGGCUACAGUCCAGCUUGGUCACCACAGCCUGGCUCUCCCAGCUCACCAUCUAGUCCAUAUAUACCGAGUCCAAGAGGAGCAAUGUCACCAAGUUAUUCACCAACAUCACCUUCAUACAUUCCCAGCUCUCCAGCGAUGUCAGGUGGAGGGACACCACAAAGUCCAGGCUAUUCUCCAACUAGCCCAUCUUAUAGUCCAACAAGUCCUGGAUAUUCGCCGACAUCACCGAACUACAGUCCAACUUCACCAUCGUAUUCACCAACAAGUCCAUCAUACAGUCCGACAAGUCCUUCAUAUUCACCAACGUCGCCUUCUUACAGUCCAACAUCACCAAGUUACAGUCCGACAAGUCCUAGUUAUUCCCCAACUUCACCCAGUUACAGCCCAACUUCUCCCUCGUACAGCCCUACGAGCCCAAGUUACUCUCCAACCAGCCCCUCUUAUUCCCCAACCUCCCCAAGUUACAGCCCAACAUCUCCCUCCUACUCCCCUACAUCACCAAGUUACAGUCCAACAAGUCCAAGUUACAGUCCAACAAGCCCAAGCUAUAGCCCUACCAGUCCAAGCUACAGCCCAACAAGUCCGAGUUACAGUCCCACUUCCCCAAGUUACUCUCCAUCUUCACCAAAUUACAGCCCAUCAUCCCCUUCGUACAGUCCAUCAAGCCCGAGCUACUCACCAAGUAGCCCUAACUACAGUCCAAGUAGUCCAAGCUACUCUCCUAGUAGCCCUAAAUACAGCCCACAAUCUCCAUCAUACAGCCCGACUAGCCCAAGUUACUCACCAUCUAGCCCCAAGUACAGCCCAGCGUCGCCAAGUUACUCUCCAACUAGCCCAAGCUAUUCCCCAAGUUCCCCACAGUAUUCCCCCACUAGCCCAACAUACAGCCCAACAUCUCCAGCAUAUAGUCCUGGCUCCAUCAGUGACAGGGGCUCUCACAAAUACAGUCCCAGUUCACCACAGUACAGCCCCACAUCUCCAACUUACUCCCCAUCAAGUCCCCAGUACUCCCCAGCUAGCCCUUCAUACAGCCCCUCAAGCCCUCAGUAUUCCCCAGCAUCUCCCUCGUACAGUCCGUCAAGCCCCCAGUACAGUCCCUCGUCCCCAGCUUAUACACCUACAACCCCUAAAUAUUCUCCCACAAGCCCAACAUACAGUGCUGCAGAUGAUGACAGUGAUAUGGAUUAGACUUGUGUAUUUAGUGGUGCAGAAAUAAUGUGAUGUAAAUAAAUGUGUACAUUUUAGUGACACCACUUGUAAAAUGUUCUGCAGUGUUCUAUAGUGGUUACAGAAAUAUGAAAUUAGACAAGUGAUAUAGUGCUGUAAAAUAUGAAAGUCUGGAGAACUUUGUGGGAGCAGAUUUACUUCAGUAUACAUUUGUUGUAUAUAGUGAUUGUAAAUAGAUAAAGAAAAUGUAUUUCUGAAAAAAUAUUUUGUAUGUUUAGACAUAGAAAAAAAUCAAUAUCUGUAAAUGUGUUUUCUUCUAAGAAGAUUUGCCUUGAGUGUGUUUUAUGUGUUCCUUUCUGUAAAUGAGAGGAUAAGUGAUGGCAUAUGUACUUUCUGAUGAGAAAUACAGACUUUGUAUUCACCUAGAUGCGUAAAUCCAUGUUACCUGUAGAGAGUAUAUAAAUGUGUAACAGGGAUUGAUAAAUAACUUGUUUACAAUAAUAUGUUCAAGUGUUUUUUAUUGUAUGCACGCACCAGGUUUUAAAGAAAAAUACCUAUAUUAUUUACCAUGGAUGUUAAUGCUCUACUAACUUAAUAUGAAAACUGAUUCUAAUAUUAUUUUUUUUUGGACAUUUAAGCAACAUUUAGAAUUAAAAGCAUCUAAAUAAUGGAAAAGGGUAUUUUUAGAAGGAAAGUUUUCUUGUAUUUUUUGCUGAAAAUAAUAAGAAAUGGUUAGAAGUUUUAUGCUUUCUGACUUUGUUCAUGAACAGAGUUUGAGCAAUGGUAAAGUAACUCCAUCUAACAUGUGAAUUAGACUGUCUAUCUUUAAGCUUUCAAAGUAUGGAAGAAUUUUUUUUCUUGGUUCUUUCCAAAAGAAAGUAUUUAUUUUAUUACCAAGUUGCGAUGCUGAAAAGAAAUACAACACGAGACUUACCGUUUGCUUUUGUGCAGAUUGUAAAUAUUAUAAAAAAAAUUUAAUGGUGCAAAUUUCAUUGUACAUAUUCAUGUAUCCUUUGUAAAUAUCCACAACAUUUUGAUGAAUGCGGUUUAGAUUUCUACAUAUCAUUGUAAAUUUCAUAGUUAAAAAUCCAUAAAAACCGUUCAUAAUUUUGUUAUGUACUAUAGUUUUGUAUAUAUGUGAAAUUGAAACAUCUCGUCAACAAUAAGUGUGCAUAACUAUGCCUUGCAUCAUAACUUUGAAGUAUUUUUUUUUCUUUCCUGCUUUCUAUGUGUUUUGGUCUUUAUUUUUCUGAAAAUACACAUACCAUGCUUUGACCAUUUGAAAAAAAAAGUGCUGUAUAAUUUUAAUAUGUAGCUUCACAUACAAUGCAUCAUUUUUUGCACAUUUAUUGGUUUUCGUCUCUUGCAUAAUGUUGAGGAAUUUAAUACAGGGUCACUAUUGAUUGUUUUUUAAUACUAGUUAAACUGGAUCAUACAUAGAAAAUGAAAGAAUGCACAAUUUGUCACAAUACUGUCAAACCUGUAUUAACCAAGCCAGCCAUGGGAGUGACACUGUCUAACUGCUUAAGGCAGGCAGUUACUUAAGACAAGUUGAAAAUAGGACAGAAUGCCAAUUUGGGAACAUAACUAUCUGGCUGUGCUUAUGGCAACAUGUGACCUCUAAGGCAUGUUCAACUAUUAAUUAUUUAAAAUUCAUCGUAAAUUUGAUUUUUCUUGCAGUUUUGGGUUUCAUUUUGACAGAUUAAAAAUCAUGAUUACUGGAAAACACAAGCCCAAUGAUGAUUUGUUGUUUGAUUUUCAUGCUUCUUAUGUGCAUAUUCUCUUUAGAAUGACCUUUCCGCCUUGCAGUUUGUUUCCGUAAACAUAAAACGUGUCCAGACGAAAUAUAAUACUAAAAUGUUGCAGUCGGUUUUACAACAGUUUUAUGAAGACUGCACUAAAUUCUGUACAGCAUAAACCCUUUGUUGGAAAGGUCAGCGGAGGCUGUUUGUGAGGUGACAUUUUUAUUUCGGCUGCAUUUCAAGGUAGUGUGGUUCUUUUAAGAAAAUGUCAAACAGUUGUCUGUAUACAGUGCAGAUUGCUUGUACUUUUGCACACCAAAAAGGCCUUGUACACUGAAGUGAUUGUCUGAUCAAGCUGUUUUUCUGCAUGAUGGCAAAAUCUACAAUUUAAAUUGUUUAAAUUUGCACACGAAGUUCUAAAUGUCUAUUCCUUUUUACGGACGGGACUAUGCAUUUUCAGUUAAUCAUUUUAAUACAAAAAGCAACCACUGUCGUGGAAACAAACGAUUUGCUAGGUCUUAUAUUACAUAAUAUGUUCGGAUACAUUGUUCACACUGUUAAUCAUUUAAUGUUUUGUAACAUGAACAAGGAAAGACAUGAUUACAUACUGUACUUUUUGAUAUGUACAAAUGUCAGAAUUUGUAUAUGAAGUAAAGUGUUGGAAAUAAAAAAUACAGAAAAAAACG